GGUGAGUGAGAGUGACAAGUUGACAUUUGUUUAUGCUUACACACAAUGGCCUUUUGGAUUAGUUUUCUCCUUAUUUUUAUGCAUGUACCUUAUCUGACUGGCAGACAAUUUAACUCCACAACCGUGAAAGAUCUGCUUGUUUCAUCAUAUCAAGAAAGUCUGGAAAUUGUAGAUGAAGCGUUAUUUCACUCCAGACAAAGACGGAGCUCAAGCGUGUCCAUGUUCUUGCGCCAAGCUGAGCCACAGACCCAGAAGGUGUCCCGAGCCGCAGAGGUUUUUCAGACGACUCUGCAAGUGCUCAAGACCAGAGUGAGACGGAGGUACAGGAGAGAGGUCAGAGUGGCAGAGCUGCUGGUGUGGGAGGACGUAGCACUGAUGUCAGAGCUGUCCCAGUGUCCCCCAACUCCACUCCCCUCUGAGUGCCAGGACCACCACAACUACAGAAGCAUCAAUGGACUCUGCAACAACAGGCAAAACCCUCUCUGGGGAGCAGCCAACAGCGCGCUGGUCAGAUGGCUUCCAGCAGAAUAUGAGGAUGGGGAGAGAGAACCCAAAGGCUGGAACUCACUGCGACUCCACAACGGAUUUCCACUUCCCUCGGUGUGGGAGGUUAGUAAGACCAUCCUGAGGAGUACUAUUAAACCCAGAGAGGACGAGUACUCUCAGCUUCUGGUGGACUGGGGCCAAUACAUCGACCACGACAUCACCUUCACCCCCCAAACUACCAGCAUGACCUGCCUCAACACAUGUCAAAAUGUGCAUCCGUGUUUUCCCAUAAAGACAGGUGAUGGCUGCAUGCCCUUCCACCGCUCAUCCCCAGCCUGCUGCUCUGGUCCUGACCUGAGCCAAACUCUCCAGCGGCAGCAGCUGAACUCCAUCACCUCCUUCAUCGACGCCUCUGUAGUGUACGGCCAUAACACGGAGCUGCAGGCCUCUCUGCGGGGACCCGAUGGAAAACUGUCUGUCCACCAGGAGUUCAGUGACUCCAGAGGGCGCCCGUACCUGCCCCCUGUGCCCUCCUCCCCCUCCGGUUGUCUGCAGGACGUCCGGCAGAGAGGGGGGUUCAGGGUGGAGUGCUUUCACGCGGGGGACAGUCGGGUGAAUGAAGGCCUGCCCCUCACCGCUCUGCACACGCUAUGGCUCAGAGAACACAACCGCGUCGCACAGGAGCUGAGAGUCCUUAACGCUCACUGGAGCUCAGAGACUGUGUACCAGGAGACGCGCAAGAUCAUCGGAGCAAUGCACCAGAUCAUAACCAUGAGGAGCUACAUUCCUAAGAUUAUUGGUCCGGUGGCGUAUGAAUACCACAUUGGGCAGUACAAAGGAUACGACCCGACGGUUAACCCUUCAGCCUCCAAUGUGUUUGCCACAGCUGCGUUCCGCUUCGGCCACGCCACCAUCUCUCCCAUCCUGCCUAGACUCAACCAAAGCUUCCAAGAACAUGAGCAUUUUCCCAAUCUGAGGCUGCACCAAACGUUCUUCAGCCCCUGGAGGAUAGUAAAAGAGGGCGGGAUUGAGCCGGUCCUGAGAGGUCUAAUUGGGACAGCGGCUCCAGCUGCUCAUGCGGACAUGCUACUGACAGAGGAGCUCACCGACAGACUGAUCGUUCUCAAUAUCCCCCAACAAAUGGACCUGGCAGCACUUAACCUACAGAGAGGACGCGAUCACGCUCUGCCAGGAUACAACAAGUGGCGAAGCUUGUGCGGGCUGGAGCCUGUGAGAACAUUAAAGGACUUCUCUGAGGUUGUGGGAGAUGAAACCGUUGCCAAGAAGAUCCUGGGUCUGUACAAACACCCUGACAACAUUGAUGUGUGGCUUGGAGGACUUGUUGAAAAGUUUCUUCCAGGUUCAAGAACUGGUCCUCUUUUUUCAUGUUUGGUAGCAAAGCAGAUGAGAUUGCUUCGUGAUGGCGAUAGGUUCUGGUGGGAGGCUGCUGGUCAAUUUGUUCAGCAGCAGAAAACGGAGCUUUUGAAAACAUCCCUGUCUCGGCUCAUUUGUGACAACAGUGAUAUCACACAAGUUUGUCCUGAUUCCUUCAGGCUAUGCAAAUAUCCAUCU